AUGAAGGUAGGAAUAAAUGGAUUGGGAAGGAUAGGAAAGCUGGUGUACAAAGUCUUAAGAGAAAGAGGUGUUGAAGUCCCACUUGUGAACGACCCACACUUGAAGCCCGAGCAGGUUGCUUACCUUCUGAAGUAUGAUAGUGUGUUUGGGAAGUGUAAGGAGUGCCAGGUCGAGGGUGAUAAGAUCGUAUACCGGGGGAAGAAGACAUGCCUGUCCAGCUUUGAUAAACCAGAGAGUAUCCCAUGGACGAAAUACGGUGUAGAUGCCGUCAUUGAGGCAAGCGGGGUAUUUACAGGCCUUAAGGAGUGCGAAGGUCACAAAGACGUCAAGAUUGUUGUGAUUACUGCACCAAGCAAAGAUGCACCUAUGUUUGUGUAUGGAGUGAACCAUCAGGAUUACGUAUCCCAAAGGGUCAUUAGUAAUGCAAGCUGUACCACCAACUGCCUAGCCCCUCUUGUUAAGGUCAUCGAUGAUAACUUUGGGAUUGUAGAAGGACUAAUGACCACAGUGCAUGCAGUAACCGCCACACAGAAGAUUGUUGAUGGAAUAGGAAAGUCUAGCAGAAGGGGAAGAUCGGGGCUGAGUAACAUAAUCCCUGCAAGUACCGGUGCAGCAACCUCUGUAGGAAGGGUGAUUCCAUCUCUUGCCAACAAGCUUAAUGGAAUGGCCAUGAGAGUUCCUGUUUCAAAUGUUAGUGUUGUAGACCUUGUUUGCAGGACAAGAAAAGAAACAAGCAUAGAAGAGAUAGUAAAGGCCAUUGAGAAAUUCUCAGAAAACAAUGAAGGGAUCAUUGGAACAACCAGAGAUCCGGUGGUGAGCUCUGAUUUCAUUGGAGACCCAAGAAGCUCUGUGCUCGACAUCAAUGCAAGUAUCUCGAUGGGGUCCAACUUCUUCAAGCUCAUCAGUUGGUAUGAUAAUGAAUAUGGAUAUUCAUGCAGAGUAUGUGACCUGUUGGAAUAUGCGUACUCUAAGAAAAAAUGA